AUGGCUGAGGGAUGCACUGCCAAGGAGCUCGCAGCAAUGCCUCUCAAGCUGGAUUUUGCCAGGAAGGGCGCCUCUCCAACCGGGCUUCUAUUUUCUGACGUCCUGGCAGAGUGGCAGGACAGUGUGGCUCUGGAAGCUCUGUUCCUCUUUACUUUUGAGCAAAGGAAAUAUUUCGACCUCACGGGAGCCUUUGUCAACGUUUUCUUACAAACGACGGCACACUACACGGUGGUUUUGUCGGUUCCAUCCGACAUGCCUCUUUCAGCAUUUAUUGCUUCUCUGCUAUCGAUUUCUAUGGCUGAUGCCGCUGAAAAAGGUUAUCGUGUUGGUGAUGGGGGACGGUUGGUUGCCGCUGAUGGUGGGAGUGGUGCGGGUGCCCAAGGUGCCGAUGGUGGGCCUGGCGGAGUUGCUCUCGCUACUAGUGAUGACCCUGACGCUACUGAUAAGCAUGAGGAGGGUGGAACUGGCGAUCGCGGGGAGCCUCCUGGAGCAGUAGACAUAAAGGGGCUGGCUAAGAGCCUAGAGGUGUUUUCCGUUGAAGGAGAGAAACUUCCAGGCGAGAUGAAGAUGAAUCAAGCUUCACCGAAGGGCAUUGUUAUUCAAGAGCCCGCCACGGAGGGCCCCUCAGUGGAGGAACCGUUGGAGCGCGGGGCCCUCGUGAGGGGGACCUCCAAAGAACCCACCAUCAUUGCUUCGCUAACUGUUAACGUGUGCAGUGAUAGCGAAGAAUUGGAAGCAAACCUCUUCACAGGUACUGCUGUUAGUAUUGCUCCUCUAGCCCCUGCGGGCACUGAUGCCGUCCUUGCACUUUUGCGUCCUGUUGUGCUUUGGGCAAAGGGACUCUUUUCUGUUUUCUGGAGUACGUGUGCAGCUCCCUCUGACCUGACUUCUUCGGAGGACGGGAAAGAAGAAGGCACGGAGCUUCCUAAGUGCAAGAUGGCGCGAGUGAUUGUUCCUGGCAUCCCGGAGGAUACCAGCGAGUUAUCUCUGCGUGCCUAUUUGCUGUACGUGGCGGGAUUGGCUCCAUCUGCUCAAAGAGCUUUCCUUCUGUGCCACGCUGCUGAAGACUCCCUUUGUAUACCGCGGGACAGGAACGAAGUGGUGGAGGGGGCUCCCGAGGCGGAAGGAGGCAGCACCAAGGAAAGAGACGCACUAAGCAUCGUUAGGCGGCUUUUGCUCGCAGAGGUGGAGGGUGAAAAGUCUAUUCAGCCGUCUAGAAAUACUGGCAACUGCAAACAGCCAAUAUGGGAAUCACGACACUUGCUCUUGCUGUUGCAGCCCGCUGUGCCCCUCCCCGUCUCGUCUUUAUCUCCCCUACUCUAUAAGCACCACUUUUUCUACAACGUCCGUCUGCCUGAUCGGUACUCGAGCGGGUCAGUGUGUGCCUCCCGCGUGCGCGUUCAACUGGAGACCGUGGGAUCCACCACAGAAGAAGAAAACGUGUUAUUUCUGGAGGAGGUCGAUGAUGAAUUGCUGCAAGAGGAACUGAUUUAUCGAUUUGUGUGGCAACGCAUGCACGCGCCCUUCCUAGACCCCGCUAAAGAUCUUCGUCUGUGUUAUAUCCCUCGCACUGCGUUAUUUGCUGCUACCGCUGAUGCAAAAAUUAGGACAGGGAGGACAAUAAAUGUGUCCACAACAGACUGUGAAGAGAACGACUCCUGUGCAUCAAAAGCGGCAACCAUUACAUCGGAAACAGACCCCAGUGCAUGCAUAAGCCUACCUCCGGGGAGCGCUGUACGAGAUGUGAUACAGGAGGUGGAGCAUACAGAGGCCCAACUCUUUCUGCUUCCAGUUGACACUGGGGAAAUACUCGAGAAAGGGGAACCACCGCGCAAGGUGGAAUUCAGCGAAUGCCGUGUCAUCGUCUUCCCCCAGAACCUUGUGCUGGACCAGAGUACUAUAAGUGUACGUCAUCUACGCAAAUUUAGGGUGUUUGCUGAGGGCGGCAGUGAGAUACCGGAAGAAACACCAGUGUGGAGGCUGCGCUGCUUCAAAGAAUGCGGUGCCUUUGGCCAAAGGAGUGGGCAUUCUAUAAUGUCAGAGACUGACAUGAAGCUGUGUAACAGCUGUAAAGGCUGGUCUACGCCUGUGAUGUUGCAAUUUAAGUACCGCCCGCUGGACAGUCCGAAGUUCCGAUUGCGCAUGCAGCCCUUGAAGGACCGAGUCCUAGAAUAUUCAACGUCUCGAUUUAGCCCCAGGAUAGGUGUAAAGAAAGAUAUUAGCUCGAACACGAUUGAACAGCUGCCUAGAUCGUCGUCCAUUAAUUUUCUAGAAGGCGGAGAAAUGGGUGGCGAUCGAACCGAUCCGUUCAAGAACAGCGCACAAAUUACGUGCGAAAUUGGUUUGGCAAUCGCCUUACUCGAUGAUCAAUGUAAGCUGCCCCAAACAGCCAACGAUUCUUCAGAAAUUGCGCACAGUGCCCUGUGUACGGCGCUGCCUCGGUGGAGUGCGACGGGCAAAGUCGGAACGGAUGGUUUUCUGGCUCGUUUUUCAUGCAAAUUUUAUGAAUUUGGAUCUAUUUAA